AUGGACUCCGACUACAUAUGCUUAGGCGCACCUGCGGUCGCGUGUAAUCCAGCAUCACAGAAUCAACAGCAGCAGAGUAAUGAGCCCGAACCUGCUGGCCAUUGCUGCGUCGACGGCGGUCAAGCCGAACCUACCAACUCAGCCAACGUGAUACAGCAGCCGAAUUUCGAUCAGUCCGCCUACGUUCCAAGCGCGCCGGAUGCAAGCUUUGAGAAGCAGCAGCCUCAUCAUACAACUAUAGAAAAAGAAGACAAAGAAAGCCUGGAUAACGCCAAGUUUGCAGUGCAAGGAGCUGAUCCGUUGAUCCGUGACAGUGAUUUUUUCACCAUCAGAUGUGUUGGGUAUAGUCCGCUUCGUCUUGUUCACUCUGGACCUUUCACCAGAGUCUAUUUUGUGCGCAACAAAAAGAAUCCCGCAUUCGAGUGUAUGGCGAAAGUUGAAUCUAACAAUGAAAAUAAGAGAACUUUGGGCAUUGAGGCUCGUGUUUAUCUUGAUUGCAAGGGUGUUCGUGGUUUCGCGGAACUAUAUGAUCGUUUCCGAGCUCUAAACGGCAGUCGCGUCCUUCUGAUCCAGCGCCUGGGCACGGAUUUAAACCGAAUUAGACGGGCUCACCCGGGUCAGAGUCUGCUGCUUGUAGAUGCUCUCAAACUUUGCCUGAAAACGUUUACACGUAUCUGGUCACUCCAUGAUCGCAGUUGGAUGCAUCGGAACAUCAAUCCGAGCAAUUUCGUUGUUGGACAGCCUCAUUCGGAUUUUGAUGACCAAAUUUUCAUAAUUGACCUUGGAUUAGCACGGCGGUGUCGGGAAAAGUCACGUCCAUUCGGAACAUGUCCAAUUUUAGGCACUGAUGCCUACAGGCCGAUUUCAAAUUACAGCCGGUUGGAAUACCAGCCAAAAGACGACAUCGAAUCCUGGUUCUAUAUGUGUCACGAAUUCUUUAAUGGUAAUUUGCCCUGGGACAAGCUUCCGCACACCUCUACAGUCGAUUUCAAGGUCCAUUGCCGCAGUUUGGGGCGUGAUUUGUUGCUGACUAAUAUGCCUGUCGUGUUUGAUGAGAUCUUAGAGGGAAUCGACUUCUCAAAGACAAAUGUUGACUAUUUUCGGAUUUCGGCGCUUCUAAAGGCUGAACUUGCGAAGCUGAGUCUGGAACAGUUAAAUGAGCCAUUCAGUUGGAAAAAAGAUCCAAGAAUUGUAUACCGUGCUUACAAGAUUGAACAAGGAUGGAAGUGAGAUGUGAGUUGAUAGAAUAAAGGAUGUUGUAAUUUACAUAGAUACAUACAUAUAUCGUUUUUGUAUUUUUAAUGUUGUGGGUUUUGUGUUUAUUAUGCUUGAGUUUUUGAGUAA